UUUUGCAGCCCUUGUUGUCACCCAUCGUCGGUGAGGUGGAGAAACUUCUGCCCAUCCCCGGAGCUCUGAUAGGAGCCCUGGCCCCGUAUACCUCAGUACUUAAUCCGCUGCUGCAGUCUGCUGUGCUUCAAAACAAUUUGACGCAGUUCAGCUCUGACGUAGUCACAAGCCUCACAGGACUAGUGGGCGUCUUGGUGAAUGCUGCCCUGCCUGUACCACCCUACAUCAGGCCAGAUAGCGAAGCUCCCAAGUUCGGUUUCAGUGGUGAGGCGUACAAUGUAACGACUUCUGAUGGCUACAUUCUGGGUGUUUUCCGAGUACGCAAUGCAAGUUGCAGUGCUUACCGUGCUGUCGUCGUAAUACCUCCGGGAAUACUUUCCAACGCAGCAUCAUUUAUGUACAUCAAGGAAAAUAGUCUUGUAUAUCGCCUGGCUCGGCGAUGCUACGACGUUUGGCUUCUGACAUUCCGAGGGUACUUGUUCGGCCGAAGUCACACGACUCUUUCCGAUAAAAGUGCGAAAUUCUGGGACUUUUAUCCGUAUCACUGGGGCGCCUACGAUCUUCCGCUUCAGUUGGAAUUUGUUUCCAAUAAGACUGGAAGUACUAAGCUACGCCUCAUGGGGGUGGACCAGGCUGGCACCGCCCUCUUCUUCAUGAAUCACGUGCACGGACAGCGCUACCAGAAGCUUCUCGCAGGAUGCUACCUGUUUGCUCCGAUUGGCUACCUAGGACGUCUCCGUUCACUAGCCUUUGCAACGUUAGCUCUUUUGCGUGAUGUACUCACGACAGUCGGAGCCACGACUCUGCACAACGAGUUCGCCCUCAUGAACCCUACGGUGCACUCUGUCCUGUACAACCUCUGCGGUCGCAUCUCACCUCUGACCUGCUUCUACCUCUUCCAAACACUCGCGGGGAGUUCAAAUGAGAUAAAUUACAAACUGUUCCCGUAUGCGUUUGCCAACCUUCUUGACAGCACUUCGAUAUACACGAUGAACUACUACUUUCAACAAGUAGGACGAUUAAAAUACAUGGCAUUCUUCGACUACGGCGAGGCUGAGAACUUAAGGCGUUACAACCGAUCUACUCCCGAGAAUGUUAACCUCGCUGCCACCACAGUCCCCUGCUCAUUUUACGCUUUAAGACAAGGCACGGUGACUGUAACAGAUGAUAUCCGAGAUACCUUUAAAGCACUGGCUCCCUCAGCGCAGUCGACCAUUGAAGAGUUGGACAAUUUCAACAGCGUCAGUCCUUUUGUGCCGGUUGACGCUGAUGGUCUUUACGGACCACCCAUUAGACAGAUGGAGGCCGACUUACGUCGCUUGUCUUAAGAUUGGUGCCACGCCGAAAUCUUGAUGUGAAGUGGAUAACUCUUGCAAGGUUUCACUUUAGAUAUUUACCAUACAUUACUGUCCAGUUUUGAACUGGUAAUAAAUGUAUACUGACCCUUGA